GCCGGAAAAACAGAGAAUUUUAAGUUAGAAUCAGGUUACAUUUAUGCCCCUCACCAGUAGAGAGAAGAAGAUGAAAAAAGAUUGUUUCUCUUUUAGAAUAUCUUUUCACGCCUUUUAGUCCCAAGAUGCUAAUUGUUGUGAACCAAACAGAAGCUAACUUAAAUAAUGCAUAAUUUAUCUUUUCAUGCACUUCCUGUUCACCUACUUCCUUCCAAGACUAAAGCUGAUCUCCCCAUUUAUAUGCACCCUAAUCAAAACUGCUAAACGUGUCCCUUAAAGCACCAAUUUUCAAGAACAUUUGGGUAAAGGGAUUUCAAUGAUGUCGAAAAAUGAUGGUAAUGGUGCUUCAAGCGAUCACUUUUAUCGCACUGCAACUCUAGGGAAGGCAACUGUGCUUGCACUCGGUAAGGCCUUCCCGAAGCAACUCAUUCCUCAGGAACACUUGGUUGAAGGCUACAUUCGGGACACCAAUUGCCACGAUUUGGUUGUUAAGGAGAAAUUAGAGCGAUUAUGCAAGACAACAACAGUGAAGACAAGAUACACAGUGAUGUCAAGGGAGAUUCUAAACAACUACCCAGAAUUAGCAACUGAAGGAACACCCACAAUUAAGCAAAAAUUAGAAAUAGCAAAUCCAGCAGUGGUUGAAAUGGCCCUUGAAGCCAGCAUUGCUUGCAUUAAGGAAUGGGGCAGGCCAGCCCAAGACAUAACCCACAUUGUCUAUGUCUCCUCAAGUGAGAUAAGAUUACCUGGAGGUGACUUAUACCUUUCCACCGAGCUUGGGCUUAGGCCUGAUGUGGGACGGGUGAUGCUCUACUUCUUGGGCUGUUAUGGUGGGGUAACGGGCUUAAGAGUUGCCAAAGACAUAGCAGAAAACAACCCAGGUAGCAGAGUACUCUUAACCACCUCAGAAACAACCAUUUUGGGCUUCCGUCCCCCUAACAAGGAUCGUCCCUAUGACCUUGUUGGGGCUGCCCUGUUUGGGGACGGAGCAGCUGCUGUGAUUAUUGGGUCUCACCCAGAUUUGGGCCGGGAAAAGCCAUUUAUGGAGCUCAAUUACGCGGUCCAACAAUUCUUGCCUGGGACCCACAACGUGAUCGAUGGAUGCAUUACUGAAGAAGGCAUCAACUUUAAGUUAGGUAGGGACUUGCCCAACAAAAUUGAGGACAACAUUGAAGAGUUCUGCAAGAAGCUUAUGAGCAAGGCUGGGUUGAAAGAUUACAAUGAGUUGUUUUGGGCAGUUCAUCCUGGCGGUCCGGCGAUUCUUAAUAGAGUGGAGAAUACUCUUAAGCUAAAGGGAGAUAAGUUGAAUUGUAGUAGAAGGGCAUUAAUGGAUUAUGGAAAUGUUAGUAGCAACACUGUUUUUUAUGUGAUGGAGUAUAUGAGGGAUGAGUUGAAGAGCAAACAAAAUGGAGGUGAAGAAUGGGGACUUGCUUUAGCAUUCGGACCUGGAAUUACUUUUGAAGGCAUUCUCCUUCGUAGCCUUUAAGAUAUAAUCAACACAUUUAUAUGUCGCCAAAAAAUAAAUGUUUGUGGGAGCAUUAUUAUUAUUAUUACCUUUUUUUUAAUUUUCUUUUUUCGGAUUCGAAUUGUUCUUGUUGCUGUUGCUUUAGCAUUAGUUCAACAGAGCAUUUUAAUGUUAUUUCAUCUAGAAAAGAGGAGCUUCAUUUCAUAGAUAUUAGUAUUUUCAUUGAUCAAUUACUUCUAAA